AUGGUAGCGGUGAAACCAAUAAACACCAUCAAAAGCAUGAUUUCAAAGCCUAAGGACAGACUGGACGACUACGACAAAACCGGUGUUAUUUGUCAAAUACCGUGCGCUGACUGCUCUACCGUCUACAUUGGUGAGACCAAGAGAUCUCUGAAGACUAGAGUUUCAGAACAUGAAAGGUGUGUUAGACUCGGCCAGACAGAUACGUCUGCACUGUCGGAGCAUGCCAAUCGCCUUGGUCACAACAUCAACUGGAAGGACACCUCCGUCUUAGGAAACGAGACAAGGUGGCACCAAAGGAAGUUGAUGGAAGCAGUAUUAAUAGCAAAAACAAAUAAGAUCAACAUCAUAUCAAAUAGGGACACUGGAAGAACUCUGCCCGAUAGCUACAUCCAAUUACUCUAA